AUGGACGUCAAUCCUCUCUUCGAGUUCAACCAGUCUGACGCCGAUUCCUCCUCCUCUGGCUCCUCUGUUUCCUACGAAGCCUCCUUCGACGCUCCUGUCCUCCCCACGCCGACAGCGGCUGUCUUGCAGACGGUCAACAUCAAGACGCACAUCCCCGUCGAGCUCAACCUUGCCGAAUCGAACUACACCGAAUGGCGCUGCUUCUUUGACGCCUUCAUCGGGAAGUUCGGCCUCGGCAGUCACCUCUCCUCUCCGCCAACCAUCGACAACCGCCGUGAUCCGGACUGGGUCAUGAAAGAUCAGUGCAUCUUGAGUUGGCUCUACAACUCCAUGGCCAAAGAUGUCCGCGCCAUUGUUCGCGUUCCCAAAGCUACUGCCUACUCCAUUUGGAACGCCGGCGACAUGGACAUCACGACCUACACCGGCAAACUCAAGCAGUUGUCCGACGCACUGCGUGACGUGGGCCAGCCGGUCUGCGAAACCUCGCAGGUCCUCAACAUGCUUCGCGGCCUCAGCUCCAAGUACCGGCACACCGUCCCCGUGAUCACCGCGAAGAACCCGCCACACACGUUCUUGUCGGCCCGCUCCUAUCUGCUGCUGGAGGAGCAGUAUGACAAGGAGCAGGCGAAGUCGGCGCAUCACCAAGCUCUGCUCGCCACUGUCGGCACACGUUCCACCUCUGCUGUCUUCGGCGAUAGCGGUUCCAGCUCGGCCUCCAAGCCGUCAGUGCCCGCAACCGCCUCAGCUCCACGUUCUGAUCGUGCGCCCAAGAAGAAAGGUCGUGGGCGUGGUCAAGGAAGCGGUUCCGGCACCACCUCUACUGCUCGUCCUCAGGCUCCAGCGUGGGUUCCUGGGCUGAACCCCUGGACCGGCAUGGUGCAGGCCUAG